CUGGCGGACCGAGCGGAAGUGACGUUUGUUGUUCUUGUCGUUUGAGACGUUCAGGGUCUGAUGGGUCCUUCAGUCCUUUUAUGUCUCCUCAGAUCCUCUCCUUAAAUCCUACCGGCCCCGAAUGAAGAUUAACAGGUAUGCCAAAAGAAAAAUAUGAUCCUCCCGAUCCUCGUCGAUGUUAUACCAUCAUGUCAGCCGAGGAGGCGGCCAACGGGAAGAAGUCUUACUGGGCCGAACUCGAGAUCUCAGGUCGUGUUCGCAGUCUCAGCAGCUCGUUAUGGACGCUUACUCACCUGACGGCGCUUCACAUCAAUGACAACAACCUGACCCGCCUCCCCCCCGACAUCGCCAAACUGCCUCACCUGGUUUACCUGAACCUGUCCUCCAACAAGCUGCGCAGCCUGCCUGCCGAACUCGGCAACAUGGUCUCUCUCAGGGAAUUACUUUUAAACAACAAUCUGUUACGAGUCCUGCCUUAUGAACUCGGGAGACUCUUCCAGCUUCAGACCCUGGGACUCAAAGGAAACCCUCUGUCCCAGGACAUCCUGAACCUGUACCAGGAACCUGACGGAACCCGAAAACUACUCAACUACAUGCUCGACAAUCUGGCAGUCCAUCCUGAGCAGCUUCCUCAGAGACCGUGGAUUACUCUGAAGGAGAGAGAUCAGACAAGUCCAACAGCUGUGUUCACAGUCAUGUGUUAUAACGUGUUGUGUGAUAAGUACGCCACGCGACAGCUGUAUGGUUACUGUCCAUCCUGGGCGCUCAGCUGGGAGUACAGGAAGAAAGGCAUCAUGGAGGAGAUCACACACUGCGACGCUGACAUCAUCAGUUUACAGGAGGUGGAGACGCAGCAGUACUACACUCUGUUCCUAGAAACCCUGAAGGAUCGUGGGUAUGACGGGUAUUUCUGUCCGAAGUCUCGAGCUAAACUCGUCUCUGAGGCUGAGAGGAAACAUGUGGACGGCUGUGCUGUUUUCUUCAAAACACAGAAGUUCACUUUGGUUCAGAAACACACAGUCGAGUUCAACCAAGUUGCCAUGGCGAACUCUGAGGGGUCAGAGGUCAUGCUGAACAGAGUCAUGACCAAAGACAACAUUGGGGUCGCCGUGCUGCUCGAGGUCAACAAAGACAUUUUCUCUGAAGGUGUGAAGCCUCCUCAGGAGAGGCAGUUGGUCUUGGUUGCAAACGCACACAUGCACUGGGACCCUGAAUUUUCUGAUGUCAAAUUGAUCCAGACGAUGAUGUUCCUCUCUGAGCUAAAGAGCAUCGCUGAGCGUACUUCGGGUUCCGUGGCAGCCGGCUCUCCCUCCUCGGACCCGUCCUCCAUCCCGAUUGUCCUCUGCGCCGACCUCAACUCUCUUCCUGACUCUGGUGUGGUGGAAUACCUGAGCAAUGGCGGUGUGGCUGACAACCACAAGGACUUCAAAGAACUCCGCUACAACGAAUGUCUGAUAAACUUCAACUGCAACGGAAAGAACGGCAACUCAGACGGCAACAUCACCCACAACUUCCACCUGAAGAGUGCGUACGACGGCAACCUGAUGCCUUACACCAACUACACCUACGACUUCAAGGGCGUGAUCGACUACAUAUUUUUUUCGAAGACUCAUCUGAGCGUGCUCGGCUUGAUGGGACCCCUGGACAGCCAGUGGUUGAUGGAGAACAACAUCACCGGCUGCCCCCACCCCCACAUCCCCUCAGACCACUUCUCUCUGUUAGCUCAGCUGGAGCUGAAGGCCCCCCACCCUCCACCCUCCCUGAAUGGGCUUCACCUGCCGGUCCACAGGUAGUGCAACCAAAGAGGACCGGCCACUUCCUAUCCCCACCUCCAACACUGCCCCCCUCACCUCCAGAUUUAUAUACAAACCCCCUUCCUGCAGGUUUUUAUAGCCCCUCCCCCCAGGUUUAUAAGCCCCUCCCCCAGGUUUAUAAGCCCCUCCCCCCAGGUUUCCCCACCUGCUGUACAGGAUCACGUUAACACAUCCACAGGGAGUGAAGUAUUGGCCUGAGUGUUGCUCGUGUUUUUGCACACUGAAAAUGUUUUCUAUCUUUCUCUCUUUGAAGGGAGACGUUUAAACUCAAACUUACAAACAGGUGUUUUUAUUUACAGGGGUCACAGUAAACUGUGAAGACUCUGAUCAGUGACUCUGAUCAGGGGAUGAAUGUUUUUACCAAAGGAUCAAUACUACAUUUCGUUUGUUAUUUGUGGUGAUUUCAGUGAAUACAGACUUUUUACUUGGUGUCACAUGAUUAGUUUGAAGCCCUUUAUAUAAAUGUUACCUCAGGGCUAUGCUAUGCAUCAGACAUACCUCUCAAAGACUCCCACAGUCAAAACCAAACAGAAAGCUUUUAUUCUGAAAAUCCUGUAAGCACAGGAAAUGUUAGUUUGUGUUUUUGUUUGUGAGUUUUUAAUGAAGCUAGCUUUCAGACACUAACAUCAAAGAGUUUAAAAUGUUUAAGGAUGAAAAAGAUAAAAUUUAUUCAACAUUUGAAAAGUAUAGAUGAGCUGAGUGACUCAAACAGCCAGUGGAAGUCGUGAUGGACGGAUUCGGUCUGAAACCUCACUCGUCCUUGAUAAAUGUCGGGGUCUCCUUGAGUCUGCCUCACUGUGUUUGUGUUUAUUGAACCUCUGUCGUAGACUCAGACGUUGUUCAGAUUGAAUCAGAUUCAUGUUCACUGUGUUCAGUGUUUUGAAGUGAAGCCAUGAUUUCAGGAUAAGUGUCGGUACAAUAGAAACAUUGAAACCUCAUCAGGAUCUGUUGAAAGCUUCCUGGACGGCAGUAAUUUCAGCUUUGCUCCAUUUGCACAUAAUUUAUCUGUCAUUCACGAAGCUCCUAUUUAAUUUAACGUCAGAGCAUUUUCAGGCUUAUACUUCACUCCUGAACUCACCUGUCUGUUUUUAAAUUUAAAAAAGCCUUUUACUAAAAUCUGUGAGGAGAAAGAAAGCUCAGACUUAAAGAACUGAUCCUCUUCCUCAAAGAUGUUUUUAUUUCUAUGAUGAUGAACUCCAUCUGUCCUCUCCGAGAAACAAAGCGUCUCUGUUUCUGAACUUUCUCUGUCUGAAACCAACAUGCAGUCUUUGAUGGUACUUUGUACGAUUCAGUUUUACAGAAUUUUUGAGAAAAAAAGAUAAAUGUCAGGUUUAAAAGCU